AUGAACACAAAUACAAACCAUUUGCUACGCUAUCUUUAUUCAUUCGAUGAAGAUGUUAGUCGACUUAAUGGAUUGUAUCAAACGGUACAACAAAAUAAUGACCCUUGGUCUAACUUCAUUAGAGGGUUCGACUUUCCUGUUGAAGAAAAUGGUUUGCUUGACUUAGAUCGCAGCUUUAAUUUCGAAAUCUCAAUAAUAGAACCUGAGUCAGUUGAAUCCACUAAUAAUGAGAUGCCACAGGCUGACCAAGAGAAUUUCUUCUCCAUCGAUAAUCAUGAUAACCCGCUACGCAAUCUUUAUUUGGUCGAUGAGGUCAAUACACAAUUGGAUCAUAUGGAGCAACAAAAUAAUGAUAUUUGGUCCGAUUUCAUCGGAGGAUCCGAUCUUCCUAUACCAAACGAAGAAAAUACAUGGCUCGAUUUAGAGCGCAGCUUUG